AUGAAGUUCUCUCUCAUCGCCCUUGCUGCUGUUGCAGUCGCCAGCCCAAUGGCCCUUGAGACUCGCCAAGGCGGUCUCCUGUCCCUUGCUAGCCUCGGUGGCGGCUCCUCUAAGGGAGGCUACGGAGGCGGCUAUGGUGGCGGCAACAACGGUGGCAACAAUGGGGGAAACAACGGCGGAAACAAUGGGGGAAACAACGGAGGUAACAACGGCGGCGAGAAUGGUGGGGAGAACGGCGGUGAGAAUGGUGGUGAGAACGGUGGCGAGAAUGGAGGCGACAACAACGGUGGCAACAACGGUGGCAACAAUGGUGGCAAUGGAGGUGGCCAAGCAAUGGUCUGCCCAAGCGGCUACUUCGCCCAAUGCUGCGCGACCAACGUCCUUGGUUUGGCUGGCCUGAGCUGUGGCAAUGUCCCCAACACCAUCACCUCCCAGAGGAACUUCGUCGGACAGUGCGCUGCUACCGGCACAACUGCUGCUUGCUGUCUGAUUCCACUUGCCGGCCAAGGUGUCAUCUGCAACGAAAUCUAG